CCAUUUUUGGUAUAUCAAGCACAGGACGAUACUCAAAACAAAUGAUCGACAGAUAGGUACCAUUAAUAAAACUCGUUAUCUAGCCUAUUAUUCAAUUGUAUAUGGAAAAACCAUACAUAAUUAACAUUCGCGUUGCUAUCUCAAUGGCAUAGCCAUACAAUUAAUUAGGCUUAGGCUCAACGUUACUUGGCUUCCGAUACUAAAUCUGAUUAGAAAUAUAUUGGCACGUAAACAAUGUUUCUUGCAAAUUUAUCUUACUCUUACAGACAGAAACAAUAAUAACAGUACCUAUUAAAUAUAGAUAAUACAACAUUAUCAACUGAAAAAUGGCCAAGCUCUUAGUAAUCAUAUUCAGUAUCCUCGGUCGCCUUUGGCAAGUAGAUGGGAUAAAUAAAUAUAAUGACUAUACCUUCAUACAAAUCACGCCAUAUGACAAACAGCAGCUGAAGACCUUAACAACACUCACCAAUUCAGAUGACGUGGACAUAAUGAAACACAGCCACGGUUUGAACGACACUACUGAUGUGCUGGUGUCCCCAAAAGAUCGGAGGAAGGUAGAAAAGUUUGCCAAGUUAAGAGGAAUGGGCGUUAAAUGUGUAGAUCAUUAUGGCAGAUAUUUUGAUAAGGAGGUGGCACUGAUAAGAAAACAUGAUCAGUACCAGUCAUUACAAUAUAAUUCCUACCAAGAUAUAUCAGAGCACUUAAAAACUCUAUCAAAAGAAAAUCGCCGCUAUGUACAACUACAGAACCUUGGAAGGAGCUAUGAAGGUCGAGUCAUGACCCUGAUCAAGAUCUCCGCUAAUCACAGAGCCCGGAAUCCAAUCAUAUUUCUAGAUGCAGGUGCCCAUGCACGAGAAUGGGCGGCCCCUGCAUUUGCAAUGUACAUAAUCGACCAGCUAGUGAUGGCGUUAAACAAAAGAGGUGAACCGGAGGAUCUGCUCGGCGUGGACUGGUACAUACUGCCCGUGGUUAACCCUGACGGCUAUGAGUACUCCAGAUCGGAUCCUAACAACCGUAUGUGGAGGAAAACAAGAUCGAAAACAUGGAGGGAGGAAUGCCUCGGGGCAGAUAUCAAUCGAAAUUACGACUUCAUGUGGGGCUACCGCGGCGCUUCCUUCGAUCCCUGCAACUUCCAAACAUACGCUGGUGAAAAAGCCUUCUCUGAGCACGAAACAAAACUAGUUCGCAAAGUAAUGAAGGAGAACUCCAAACGUAUCAAGCUGUAUAUAUCUAUACACUCUUACGGGGAAUACUUUAUUUAUCCUUGGGGCUUUACGGGAAGUUAUUUGCCAGAUGAAUGGGAGAAGUUCCAUCGUCUUGCGCAAGUGUAUUCUAAGGCUGUGGUAAAAGCAGGAGGGCGACCGUUUAGAGUCAUGAGCACUGGACAAUGGUAUCCAGUUUCCGGAGGAAGUGGUGAUUAUGCUUUUGCCGUAGUCAAGAUUCCAUAUACAUGCACUUUGGAAAUUACUGACGGCUACCAAUUUAACUAUCCAGAAGGACUUUUGCACACAGUUCUGCCUCAGUAUUACGAAGGAUUGAAAGUUAUGGCUGAAGAAAUUAAACGAGAAUUCCCCAAUUAAAGCCGAAUGACAAUCCAU